AUGUGGAGAGGGAGAUAUUCUGGAGGUUAUCAGAAUCGAUUUGUCAGUUCGAAAACGUCCGGAACUUCAACAUUGAAUGGUAGAAAUUUCAUUUUUGUAUUUUAUUUUUGAGAAAAAAUGUUUUUUCAGAUGGCGAAUCGAUGAAUAAUGUUCCACCACCGGCUUCUUUAACCACUGGUUCUCAACCAAUUCCAGUCAAUCGGAAUGUUUUUAUGAAUCCGAAAAAAGAACGUGAACUUGAAAAAGAGCAAGAGGUAUUGAUUUUUUGAGGGAAAGUAUUUCAUUUUAUUUUAAAUUUCUUGCAGUAUGCAAAUUUGAUGGCUUAUGGUACGAAAAAAGAAGUGAAAGAUCGGAAAAGGCGAAUUUAUGAUGAUGAGUAAGAUUUUUUGUUUUAUAUAACAUUUUAAUUAAUUAAUUUUCUGACACAUAAGAAUUUUAGAUAUUUAGAAGGUGGUGGAUCGGAUGAAGAAAGUAGUUCUUCGAAAAAACAAGCUGAUGACGAUGAAGAAGAAGAUGAAUUAGAUGCAUUUAUGGCUGGAAUUAAUGAACAAGCUAAACAAGAUAAAAAUGUGUCAGAACAAAAAGAAAAAGAUCGAGCAAGUGGCAAAGAAAUUGAAGAUUCGACUAAAAAAGGAUUGGGAAGAGCAGAUAUUGAUGAAGAAGAUAUGCAGGAAUCAUUAUUCAAAUAUUUAGAAGAAUAUAAAGAGAAACAUGAAAAUGAUGAGGAACAAUAUGAAUAUGAUGAAGAUGGAAAUAUUAUUUGGACUUGGAAGAAAAUCAUUGAUCCACUUCCUGACAUUGAUCAUUCAACUAUUCAGUAUCCGAAGUUUAAUAAGAAUUUUUAUGAAGAACAUGAGGAUAUUACGUUGGUUUUUUUUUUAAAUGUUUUUGGAGGGUGGAAUUUUUUGAGUACGUUAUGAAAUCUUAAAACAUUAUAUCUCAACAAUAAAUUUUGAUUGGGAAAUAUUUAUCGAAAAUUUGAGAUUUUCAUGAUGCACAAAAAAAAUUCGGAGAGUACAAAAUAUUUGAAAAAAAUGUUUUCAGACGUCUUCAUUACAUGGAAGUGGUUCGAUUAACAAAUAAAAUGAAUCUUCGAAUUGGAGGAAUGAAACCACCAAGGCCAGUCUGUUCAUUUGCUCAUUUUUCCUUCGAUAAACUUCUAAUGGAAGCCAUUCGAAAAAGUGAAUAUGAGCAACCAACUCCAAUUCAAGCAAUGGUAAAAAUCUCGAAAAAAGUUUAACUGACUAAAAAAAUUAAAAAUUUUAGGCAAUUCCAGCUGCUUUAUCAGGUCGAGAUGUUCUUGGAAUCGCAAAAACUGGUAGUGGAAAAACUGCAGCUUAUUUAUGGCCAGCAAUUGUUCAUAUUAUGGAUCAACCAAAUCUCAAAGAAAACGAGGGACCAAUUGCUGUUGUUGUUGUUCCAACUCGGGAAUUAGCUGUUCAAGUUUAUCAAGAAGCCAAAAAGUUUUGUAAAAUUUAUAACAUCAAUGUGAUUUGUGCAUAUGGUGGAGGGAGUAAAUGGGAACAAUCAAAUGAAUUGCAAAAUGAAGGAGCCGAAUUAGUUGUAUGCACUCCGGGUCGAAUUAUUGAUUUGGUCAAAAUUGGAGCUACCAACUUUUUACGCACGACAUUUUUGGUUUUCGAUGAAGCUGAUCGAAUGUUUGACAUGGGAUUUGAAGCACAAGUCAAAUCAAUAUCUGAUCAUGUUCGACCAGAUCGACAAUGUUUAAUGUUUAGUGCAACAUUUAAAUCAAAAGUAGAACGAUUGGCGCGAGAUGCUCUUGUUGAUCCAGUUCGAAUUGUUCAAGGAGAAAACGGGGAAGCGAAUGCAGAUAUUGAUCAACAUGUUUUAGUUCUACCAAAUAUUGAAGCCAAGUGGAAUUGGUUAACACAAAAUUUAGUGAAUUUUGCGUCUGUUGGAAAGGUUAUUAUUUUUGUUACAAAGAAAUUGGAUUCCGAAGAAGUUGCAAGGAAAUUGAAAUUGAGAGAUUUCGAUAUUGUUUUACUUCAUGGUGAUAUGUUGCAAGCAGAGAGAAAUGAGAAUUUACAAAAUUUCCGGAGAAAACAACAAAUUUUGGUGGCUACUGAUGUUGCUGGUAAAGUUUUUUUUAAACAUAAAAAACAAAUGAUCAAAUUAUUUCAGCCCGUGGUUUGGAUAUUGCUGAAAUUCGAACAGUAGUGAAUUUCGAUAUGGCAAGAGAUAUCGAUACACAUGUUCAUCGAAUUGGAAGAACUGGAAGAGCUGGAAACAAGGGAACUGCUUAUACAUUAGUAACUGAUAAAGAUAUUGAAAUGGUUGGACAUUUGGUGAAAAAUUUGGAAAGUGUCUCACAAGAGGUAAUAUUUAUUCAUUUUUUAAUGUAGAGAAGAAGAAAAAAACAAGGUUUUUUUAAGGUUCCAAAUUCAUUAAUGGAUCUUGCGAUGCGAUCUUCUUGGUUCAAAGCACAACGAGAUGGAACUAGCGGACCGGUUCAGAAUCGAACGCGAACUGGACUGGGAUAUAAACCAAAAACUAGAGAAGUUGGGAGCUCAGGAGGAGGAGGAAAAGAAUAUGAUCCAUUGAAAGAGCAAAGACAUACAAAUAGGAAUUCGAUGAAUAAUCAGAGUGUGGAGGGAAUGGUCAGAAAAGCUACAAGGUUAGAGAUGAAUGGGGAUUAGUUGGGAAAAACAUGAUGAACAUCUGGAUUUUUGAGCUGAGAUUUAGUUCAGAGUGAUUAAAAAAUGAUCACAAGCAAAAAACUAAGGCACAAUGCCAAGAAAAAAAUACAAAACAUUUUCUAAAUCCAAAAAAAAACAGUGUGCAAUUUAUUACCCAGAUCUUAUUGUAAAAUAUUUUCUGAAUUUAAAAAAAACAGGAAGACCUUCUUACAAUUAGAAUUUCUUAAUAAUUUGUUGGGCCUUUUCCAAUAUCCUGUUCCAAAACUUUUGAAAAAUAGAUCAGAUCCAGGAAAAUUGAAAAUUUUUUUCUGUCUUCAAAUUCUCAAUUUUAGUAGCCAAAAUCCCAGGUUUUCUGAAAUUUAUCCUAUUUUUCAGCGCUGCCACAGCUGCACAAUCAUCAUCCUCUUCUUCUUCUACCAGUCAACAAUCCUCUGGAUUCAAUCGCGCACAAAUUUUGAAAAACUCCUUUCAAAAAUCAUUCAAGUCAACAUUCCAAACUGCAAAAGAAGCAUCUUCUCAUUUACCAGCACAAGUUGCCUCAGAUCCUCGACCCGAAUGGAAAAAGAAAAUCGACGAACUCAAUGCUCAAAUUGCACAAAAUAAGGCAUCUGAUAAUUCAUCAUCUUCUUCUUCUUCUUCCACGAAAAAAAGUCGAUGGGCUUGA